UGACAUCAGCAGACUGACUCGAUCUGACUGACACGUACUGGUUUGUUAAGAAACUGUAGCAGCGAACGAUCCAGGAAAGAUCCCGAACAUUUCGGAAGGCAGAGCCCAGUAGGAGGCAUUGUUGGAUCAAAACACUCUUAAGAUCCUGAAUACCUGAUACCAUCAUGAACGUGUUUGACCGCAACAUCAAUAUUGAUGCCAUCUUCAGGUUCUCCCAAAUAUCUCAUUCCACCCAGGUGCACCUGAAGAAUGUGUACUCCAGCUUGGCUGUCUGUAUGUUUGUGGCCGCAGCCGGCUCAUAUGUUCACGUGGUCACCCGCCUUUUGCAGGGCGGCGUGUUGUCUGUGAUCGGCUCGUUGGCCAUGAUGUUCUGGCUCGCCAUGACACCCCACAACCCUGAGACAGAGAAGAAGAGACUGGGAAUCCUUGCUGGAUUUGCCUUCCUCACAGGCGUCGGCCUUGGCCCCACACUGGACUUUGUCAUCACGGUCAACCCGAGCAUCAUCAUGACAGCCUUCCUGGGAACCUCAGUGAUUUUCAUCUGCUUCACUCUGAGCGCGCUCUAUGCAAAACGCAGGAGCUACCUGUUCCUGGGAGGCACUCUGAUGUCCGGCCUCUCCAUCCUCUUCCUCAUGUCUCUGAUGAACAUCUUCUUCGGGUCUAUGAUGUUGUUCAAGGUGCACAUGUACCUCGGUCUGUUGGUCAUGUGCGGCUUCGUCCUCUUUGACACUCAGCUCAUCAUCGAAAAGGCAGAGAACGGAGACAAGGACUACGUGUGGCACUGUGUGGACUUGUUCCUGGAUUUUAUCACAAUCUUCAGAAAGCUGAUGAUCAUCUUGGCCAUGAAUGAUAAGGACAAGAAGAAAGAAAAGAAGUAAAACCUGAUGGAAUCGGUUGUCAAACAUUAAAAUCAGAAAAGGCACAAUUUGCGAUGCACUUGGUGCUUUUUUUUUUUUUUUUUUUACUUUCUCCUUUUCUCAAUCUAACUCUUAUGUGGUCUUAUGUUUUUGUUUUUUUGAUUGACUUAUUUUUGAAACUUACAAGGGUUGAAUGUAAGUUUGUGGUACCCUGAUGGUAGUUCCAUGUUGGCUGUGGAGAACACAACACUGCAGUGAUCAGGCUCGGCCUGUAGAGGGGGGUGUUGCCUAACAGGCCCCGAUUCUGAGCAGCGCUUGAAGUUUCUAUUACUGUUAUUUAGUGCCAUAAAUUAAGACAAUAGACUCACUUUUAAGACUCAUGUAAGAUUCAGAAGCUGAAUACUGUUUAAUUUCUGUUUGAUUGCUUAUUUAUAGUUUUCCUCAGUUCACAGUGGUGAAAUGUAAGAUUAGUGUCCCAUGAUUUAGAGAAAAUAACCUUUUUUAGUUUUUUUUUUCCUUUCUGUUUUUCCCUGUUUUGUGUAAGAAAUAA